AAAUUAAGUGCGGCUACUCGCUCGACGGGCUUGCAGGCAGCAAAGGCGUUCCCGUAUGGCGGCAGCGCGCCAGCUCCACGGCCUCCUCCGCCUGCCGCCUCCCCGCCCCCUCCGCCCCGUCUUCGUGCCACCGCCUCCCUGCCGCGCGCGCCCUCCCCCCGCCUCCCUGCGUAUUCCACACCCACCAUCUCCUCUCCCCACGAAACGCCUCUCCAGCGCUCCCGAAGCCAAAAGCGAGACGGCGGCGCCGCUAUUGGAGGAGGGGGAGAAUGGAGCGACGGAGGAUGAGGCGCGGGGGGCGCAAGAAGGGGCGGAGGGAUACGUGGAGAGCGUUGGCGCCGGGGACCCCGCGGGCCCUCCGGCCCAUCACCUCGCGGUCCGCGCUGGUCUUGGGGACCCGGUGUUCUUCCUCCUGACUUUCGUCGCCGUCACGACAUCCGUUGCCUUCAUCAGCAUGGUAGCGGUGGCGAUUCCUACGAUGCUCGCUAUGAGGAGAGCUGCAAAUUCAUUUGCUCUGCUGGCUGAUGCAGCUCUGGAUGAGUUACCGAGUACGAUGACAGCUGUAAGGCUCUCUGGCAUGGAAAUCAGUGAUUUCACCCUUGAACUUAGUGACUUGAGCCAAGUGAUAGCAGAUGGCGUGAACAAGUCAACCAAUAUUGUUCAAGCAGUAGAAGAUGGAAUAGGACAAAUGAGGAAUAUAGCUCGGCAGAAGACUAAAUAGAAUGGUAGACAAGCGAGGAACUUGCGGAAUAUUACCACCGCAGGGCCAGCUAAAAGUUUAAAUGAUUCGUCUAGCCAAUACAUCGACGGUAGAAGAAAUGAUCAAUCAUCUGUUAAGAGUAUCUCGACACUUUUCACAAAACGAGAUGACUCGUUGCGCCAAAUGGCGCAUAAGACUGCUUUUGGAUGGGAAGUGAACGCUUAGUAAUAUAUUACCUCUGUUCAUUAAUACAAGAUGUUUUUUAGACUGAACAGAGGGAGUACAAUUGUUGGUAAGCCACCUUGGUUCUAUAUGAGGUAGAAUGAGAAACUGAAGAGGCAACGAAUGGUCUUCGAUUUAUGAACAUGCAUACACCGUGUACUUAGGAUGCUCCAAUUUGGAAAUAUUGUGCAGCGCCGAAAAUGAACUUGUGAUAGACGAAUUAAGUGUUCUUCCAAA